UAAUUUGACAUUUUUUAGUUGUUAGUUUGGUUUUAGACGGUGCACAGAUUAAGAUUAUUUUACAAGAGUUUAAAGUUAUUCUUCGGGACGAGUAGGCAGCGAUGGCGGUCGUCCUGCUUCAGGCUCUGGAGCGGACGGAGCUGAAUAAGCUCCCGAAAGGCAUCCAGAACAAGUUGGAGAAGUUUGUAACGGAGCUGCAGAAUGCUAACGAGGCGCUCCAGACUCAACAUGAGCGAUUCAAAGCAGACAGCGGUGGGUACUUAGAACAAGAAAUCUACAGUUUGCAAAAAGAGAAAGAGGAGGUAAAGCAGCACUGUGAUACCCUGGAGAGAGAGAAACUGAGGAUUGAAAGACUCUUGGAGGAUGCAUCUGCUCAGGUGUGUGGUCUUCUGGUGGAGUUGGAGGAAGCCAGAGGCAACCACGUGACCAAGGAUGACGGCAGCUCUGCUGACAUUUCUAGGACUUCAGAGGUGAUCAGCCCUCACCAGCUCUCUUUCCGCAGUGUGGAGGAGCUCCAGAGGCACAACCAAAGCCUUCUGGGAAGGCUGAGGGAGCUGGAGGAGGAAAAGGACAAACAGCAGAGCCAAGUAACAUCAGCACGGAUAUCAGAGUUGGAGUCCAGUGUGGAUCGACUUCAUAAGGAGGUGGAGCAACUGAGAGAGCAGAGGAACCAGCAGAAACAGCUGGCAGACUCAAAUGCAAGGCAGAGAGACAUGUACAAGGCUUUGCUGACACAGAGCACUGGCUUCAGUCUGCCUCCUCAAGGUCAAGACUCUUCUCCCCAACCUGCACACGGCCGCUCUUCAAUACCAGCUACUCGCUCUACUCCUCAGAGAGCUGCUGCUGCAGAGUCGGCACAGAAUGCUCAGACAAAAGCAGCUUUAAAACAGCUCAAUGACGCCUUCGCGCUGUAUAAGAAGGAGAAGGCAGAGAACGACAGGAUACUGAAUGAAACCAAUGAUCGGCUGCAAAGGCAGCUGACAGAACUCCGCUCCAGCCAUGCCAAGCUGACUUCUCAGCUGGAGUUCAGCAACAAGCGAUACGAAAUACUCCAGGAGGCUGUAUCAGCAUACCGCCGAGAGAUCAUUAUCCUUCAGGAGAGGAACCAAAAGAUGUCUGCAACAGCUCAGCGACACGAGCACGUUAUCCACACAAUGAGCCAGGACCUGAGACAGGCUAAUGAAAAAAUUGCUCUGGAAGAGGUGCGUGUGGAGAACCUGACUAAAGAGAGAGACAUGUUGAGACAAGCAGAGAGUCGACUCAGUCGAGAGAAGGAAGCCAUGCUGGCUGAACAACGUAACCAGAACUUGUUGCUCACCAACCUCAAGACCAUACAGUUGACAAUGGAGCGUGCAGAAACAGAGACACGCCAGCAUCUGAACAACAAGAUAGAACAACUGGAGUCAGAAUUGGCUUCGAUGAAGACCAGACUAGAACAGGAAGUGGCACAGAGACAUGCCCUCGGGCGUACUAUGGACGCUCAGUUGUUAGAAGCUAAGAAGCAGCUGGAGACCCAAAACACACUGCAGCAGAAGACCAGGGAGCUGCUGCGUAGCUCUGAACAGCAGGUGGCAGCACUGAAAGCCCAGCUGGCCUCUGCUACCUCCUCUGAGGCUACCACCACCUCCAGCACCACCACCACGCCAGUUACCAGGGCCGUAGGCCUCCGAGCACCAUUGAGAGUGCGCUCUCCAGUCCCAGCAGCCUCCCAGCUACCCAGCCAAUCAGAGCAGGAGCUCUCAGAGGUGAAAGGUCUCCUGCACAGUGUUGAGGAGAAAAAGAGUGAAUUAGAGGAGCAGCUGAAGAGUGCUAAUGCCUCCGUAGAGCAGUAUAGAUCCGUGGUGCUGACUCUGGAAGACAGUCUAGAGAAAGAGAAGGAGCUACGUUCUCCUCUGGAGGUUCGUCUGAAAGAGUCUGAAGAGGUGCAGAAGCAGCUGGAGAAGAGGAUUUUAGAGUUGGAGAAAAUGAAGCAGCAAGAGCAAGAGGAAAGAAGAAAGGCUGUGGGUGCAGUGGAGAAACAAGUGUGUGAGCUACAACGCAGUCUGAAGGCCAGUCGGGUAGAGCAACAGGAGGCUCUGGAGAGGGCAGCUGCUGCUGUAACUCUGGAGCAGAAGGCUGUACAGGACAGCCUGCUGCAGACUAAGCUAGCUGGAGAGGCACAGGCUAAGUAUGAGCGGGAGCUAAUGCUUCAUGCUGCUGAUGUGGAGGCUCUACAGGAACUGAAGAAAAAAUUCCAACAAGGAGCAGCACAAAAGAUGGAGAUAGAGGAGGAAUUGAAGAAGACCACCUCCCUCCUGCAGGAGAAAACUGCAGCCUGGAGUACAGCAGAGAAAAAGCUGAAGGACGAUCUGUCAAAUCAGAGCCGUCACUGUGAGGAGUUGGGAAAGCAGAAUUCCCUCCUGCAUGAACAAAUGGAUGAAAUAGCUGCUAAGAGCCGCCAGCUGCAACAACAACAACAACCGCAGCAGCUUGACUUGUCAUUCAGUGAGGAAGGAAAGACCACUGAGCAAAUACUAGAAAUACUCAGGUUUGUGCGGCGGGAAAAGGAUAUCGCUAUAGCGCAAUGUGAGGCGUCUGACGGAGAGGCUCUUCGUUACAAACAGCGAGUGGAACACCAAGAGAGAGAAUUAAAGGAACUACAAGAAACCCUAAAUGCUGAGAGGGAGAAGAUGCAGGCUACAGCAAAAACUCUAGUGCAGCAGGAAGAGCAGCUAAAGAAGAUGGAGACUAUCAGUGCUCUUCGGGAAACCAACAAGAUGCUGAAAAUGGACCGAGAUAAACUGGAGCAAGAACUGCAGCAAGCUCAGGCUAAAGUCACAAAACUCCAGUCAGACAUCAGCCCUCUGCAUCACUCUCUGUCUGUGCUGUCAGAGAAGAAUGGCUCCCUGCAGGCUGACAAGAGGCUGUUGGAGGAAGACCUUAAACGAUUAAAGGCAAGAAAUCAGCAACUGAUCAGCCAACAGAAAGACGGUGAUGUUGAGGAGAGACAGAAACUCACCACGGAGAGAGAGGCUCAACAGAAGCGCAUCACACAGCUGGCUGAGGAGACAGCCAAGCUGAAGGCUGAGCUGGCCAGAUCCAGUGCGAGUGGAAAUUCAGCUCAGUCGCAGCUACAUGGCCUCAGAGAGUCUGUUGCCCGCCUGACGUCCGAAAGAGACUCUCUGAAGAAAGACCUGGAAACAAAAAACAAUGACAUUGUGGAGAAGAACAAGACCAUAACCCAGGUGAAGAAGAUUGGACGACGCUAUAAAACCCAGUACGAGGAGCUCAAAGCCCAGCAUGACAAGCUGGUCAGUGAAACAGCUACUAAAGCAGGAAGCGAGGUGGCUCCAAACCAGGAGGUACAGCAGGAGUUGAAAAAAGCUCAGGAGCAGCUCAGCAAGACCCAGGAGGAGCUGAGUGCCCUGAAAGGAGAAGUGCAGAAAAAACAGGAGGAGGCCCAGAAGUCCCUGCAGGAGCUGGAAGGAGCCCAGAAGGAAAACCAGCAGCUCAAGGAAAAGAUCCAGGAGGUCCAAAACCAGCUGACACAGCUCCAGUCCCAGCUGUCCCAGACCCAGACUCAACUGCAGCAGAAUCAGAACCAACUAACCCAAAAUCAGAAAGAGCUUCAACAAGCUAAGAGUCACACCCAGCAGGUGCAGAACCAGUUAAAAACAGCUCAGUCUCAAGCUCAAGCCCGUCAGAACCAGAUUCAGCAGCUCCAAAGGGAGCUUCAGCAGGCUAAAGAAACCCUUCAGCAGAACCUCACCAGUCAGAAAGAGCUUCAGCAGACCCACCAAACCAGCCAACAGAGCCACGACCAGGAAAUCUCUAGCCUCAAGACUGCUCUGAGCCAAGCAGAGAGUAAGGUGACUGAGCUUCAAGGCCAGUUGGAGAGCUUGCAGAAGACGGUUGUUGAGCGUGAAGCAGACAUAAAACAUCUGAAGGAGCAGCUAACUGAAGCCAAACAAGCUAAUGAAGCAAGCCGAACCGCACAGGCCAGCCAAAACCAGAGUUCCCAGUCUGUCCACUCAAGUGAUGCUAACGCAGCUGCUGAGGCAAACCAGGCACAACAAGAGGAGCUUGCAAAACUCAGACAGGAGCUAUCCGAGAGCAAAAUCAGAGAGGAGCAGCUCAAACAGCAGAUGGCCGACAAAGAGGAAAAAACGAAGAAGGCCUUCCUGGGAGCCAAGACCAAAAUCAACCAGCUAAACAGUGAUUCCACUCUGUCUGAGCCUCCCACUGCCAACAUCCGACCCACCCCAAGUACUCCAUCUCCUAGCAACAAGCCAAGUCCCUCUCCUGGCAGCAAGGCCACGCCUCGAGCCAGCAUCCGUCCUUUGGUUACCCUGGCAACUGUCCCUGUCCCAACACCUAUGGCCACAGUAAUGCCGACCACACAGACUGAAAGCCAAGAGGUGCUGAUGAAUACAUCAGCCUCUGUGCACUCUACCAGCUCCAGUAUGGUGAAUGCACCCACCUCCAUAUCUCAGCCAAGCAGCACUCAGGCCACAGCGUUUGUUCAGCCCACUCAGCAGCAGGCAGCCAGUCAGGAUGCAGGGCCCAGCGUGGAGGCAGAGCGGCCAUCUACAUCCUCAUCCCCCUCCUCUCUGAGUGUAACAGCAUCUUCAAAGCGAAGCAGAGAUGAUGAUGAGGAGGAAGAAGAAAGCAGACCCGAGAGCUCACACACACCUCCAACCAUCAAAAAGCUACGCCUCAAAGCAACAGCAGCAAUGCAGGUGGAAGGUGAUGAGGAGAUGGAAGGAGAGCUCAGGGAUGAAGAACGGCAGGAUUCACCAGAUGAUAAUCAGGAGCUCCCAGAACAGAGCUUCCCAGUCUUAUCGGGGGACGACAAGGAAAGUGAGGAAGAGGGCGUGUCCCAGUCUGUUCCCACUGACCUGAUGUCCUCCCAGGGCUCUGCCAUCAUCCGAGAUGUGAUUGUGAUCGACACCGACAGCGAGAGCCGCGAGAGUAAAGAUGGAGAGGAGAAGGAGGAGGAGGAAGAGGAGGAAGAAGAAGAUGAUGAGUAUAAAGAGGAAGAGGAUGAUGAUGAAGAUGACAAUGAUGCUGCUGACAGCGGAAUAAGAGCGGGAGAGGAAAGUAACGAGGAGAGCGGAGAGGCCGAAGAGCAGAGGCGGGAGGAGCUGACAGAAGGCACUAACACCGAGGAGAGUGUGUGUGGAGCAUCCUCAGGCUCACAGCACCCCAGUGAGCCAACAGCCAGCGGUGAAGGCAGCGGUGAUGCCCCAUCAGAGUCCGACCACCCUAGAGACCCUUUACACCUUCCUCCAACCUCUGCCCCCUCACCUUCCUCAUCCUCCCUCACACCCCGGAUGCCACACACACGAAGGCCCCCACACCCACUCCCGCCUCGCCUCUACAUCCAGCCUCCUGCUCCUGAGCUGGGUCCCCCACAAACACAGAGACAGGCCUCUCAGCUGCGCAGACCCUCGUCAGGACGUGGACCUCAGCUGACUCCUGGAAUAGGCAGUAUGCAGCCUUUCUUUGAUGAUGAUGACAGAAUGGUUCCCAGUACUCCCACUCUGGUUGUUCCACAUCGUACUGAUGGUUUCGCUGAGGCUAUACACUCACCUCAGGUAGCAGGUCUGUCCACCAGAUUCAGGUUUGGACCCCCUGAAGAUCUGCUGCCACAGACGUCAGCCUCACACUCUGACCUGGGACAGCUGGCUUCUCAAGGAGGUCUCGGUAUGUAUGAAUCUCCUCUGUUUCUGGCUGCUCAUGAUGAAGAUGGAGGAGGAAGGAGUGUCCCCACCACACCUUUACAAGUGGCUGCACCAGUGACAGUCUUCACUGAAUCCCUGCCCUCAGACAGCAGUGACAACAUGGCGUCCCAGUCAGUUCCCAUGGUAACUGCCUCUACUGGAAUGGCUGCUGCUACAGAUGAUGGAGAUGAGGUGUUCAUGGAGCAGGAAGUGGAGGGCCCUGGAAUUGAGUCUACCCUGGAGAGUCAGACAGACAUGGAAUCAGCAGGACAGCAAAGUGAUGAUGCGUCACUGCCAUCUACCAGCCAAGACCCUGGUAACGUAUUCUGUUUACUGACCAAUAGAUGUCAAAGCAACCAUAUCCUGUGCAAAGUUGUUAUAAAGGUGAAAACUGUCCUCAAUUAAUGUACUUUUAAUGCUGUAAAAUUGGACAUUUGAACAUUGGGAAUCUAUGAGGACGAAGUGGCUGGCUUCGAAAGCGAAUCAGAGGAACUGCAGUUUUUUGAGUUUGCGCUGGCUUCAUUUUUCAGCCCUGUGCUUUCUGUCUGUUUCCAUGCUUAGUCCAUAUAUAAUCCAUGGUGCAGACUUAUAGAACCUUUAAACCCCAACAACACUAUUAGCAGUCCUUUUUUUUCCUCCUGUCAA